AUGAGAAGGGUACCCUCCAUUCUGUUUAGAACUCUCACCACCUCACGCGCCACCUCCUACGCCGUCCACCAUCGUCUUCUCCACGGCAGCGCCACCUCCGCCUCCUACUCUCACCGCCGCCGCUUCUCCUCCUUCCUAGCUCCCUUCGCCGCAGCGUCUCUUGGCGUCGCCGGUGCCCUCGUGUCUCAGGGAGCCUUCGCCAAGGAGCCUCCACCGCCUGAGGCUCUUCCACGCGACGUCGUUCUUUACCAGUUCGAGGCUUGCCCUUUCUGCAACAAAGUCAAAGCAUUUUUGGACUACUAUGACAUACCUUACAAAGUUGUGGAGGUCAACCCUCUCAGCAAGAAAGAAAUCAAAUGGUCUGAGUAUCAGAAGGUGCCAAUAUUGAUGGUAGAUGGCGAGCAGCUAAAUGAUUCAUCAGUUAUAAUUGAUAAGCUGGGACUUAAGAUUCUGUCAAAGAAAAUUGCAGAUCCAACUUCUGAGGAUGAAGAGACAAAAUGGCGGCGGUGGGUUGAUAACCAUUUGGUGCAUGUUCUGUCACCAAACAUUUAUCGAAAUACAUCUGAAGCACUUGAAUCCUUUGAGUAUAUUACAAACAACGGCAAUUUCGGCUAUUUUGAAAAAAUUUCGGUAAAGUUUGCUGGAGCUGCAGCUAUGUAUUUUGUGUCUAAGAAGCUGAAGAAGAAAUAUAAUAUUACUGAUGAACGUGCUGCUCUUUAUGAGGCAGCAGAAACAUGGGUAGAAGCUCUGAAUGGCCGGGAAUUCCUUGGAGGUUCUAAACCAAACUUAGCCGACCUGGCUGUCUUUGGGGUUUUAAAACCCAUACGCUAUUUGAGGUCUGGCAAGGAUAUGGUGGAGCACACCCGUAUUGGUGAGUGGUAUACAAGAAUGGAGAGUGCUGUUGGAGAACCUUCGAGGAUUAAAGCCUAA